CGCCUUAAAGAGUUGCCGCCGGUUCAUUUAAAUCUGCAAGAAACUGAGUAUAGUGAUCGGCGAUCUCUCUCUCUUUCUCUUUGCAACUGAGUUUAGUGAUUUGACGAUAACGACUGUUAAGAAUGGAGCAAAGAAAUGUUGAGCAUGAAAAGGAAAGUUGUACUGUGUUGAAAUGUCAAAAUAUCGAACCUGGGACAGAUGAUUUUGUUUCUCAGUUGCCUUCCAAGGUCCAGAAAUCUGAAUAUGUUAGGAUCAAGCAAAUGGACCCGAACAUUGUAUCCUUAACACCUGAUAAGACGAAGGAGCACAAAAGAAAACCGGCUGAACUGCCUGAGAAAUACAUUGUUUUGGUAAAGUUAUUUGAUCGAUUGAUUUGUUCGUGGAGAUUGCUCACUCUACUUAAAAAACAGCUUGUUUUCCAGAAUAUUAGUAAGCAGGUGGAAGUAAUGUCUGGAAGGAAGUUCUCAUACAAGCAACUUGCACAGAUAAUGUACUUAGUUCCAGAUGUUGUAAGGAUAGACCGAGUCCUCAUACAUGACGACAAGAGUAUGUGUAUGAAGGAAGACGUUAAAAUCUCCUUACUUUUUGAUGCUAUUGAAUGUGAACAAGAGUGUUCUCCAUUUGCUGAGCUGAAGCAAUUAUUUUCUUCUAGACUUUUGAAUUUCUCUGCUUCACAUCCCGAGGAUAAUGAAAUUCCUGAGGCGGUGUUGCCAUUGCGAUUCAAUAAAGAGAGUAUAUCUGCAAACAUCAAUGUAGAUUUGCAAAGAGACCUUCAAUCCAGUACCGCUGAAACUGAGACUCUGACCAUCCCAGCAUCCCAUAUAUGUCCAUCAUUCAGUAAAAACUUCUCACUGAAAAUGGAUGCAGAAGUUGAGAGUACAGAUCUGGAAUCUCUCUCUCUUUUACCUCCUAGUAAUGAAGAGAAACACAAUUCAGUUACGGGAAGCAUACAAAAGGAAGGAGUUACAGGUGGAAACACACCUAUAAAGUCAACAUUCAUUGAGAGUUUUGUAAGCAUAGUAAAUGCUUGUGAGAACACACCUAUAAAGUCACCUUCGAAGGAUUGUAAGUUACAGGUGGAAACACCUGCUUUGGUGACUCCAAUGAGAACAAUUUCUACUACCAAGUGUAAUAUGAAGGCUUCAGCAAAAAAAUCAGGCAGUGCCUUGACAAAAAGGUCUUUAAUAUUCUCAGAACUAGAGGCUGAAGAAAGCAAUCCAAACAUUGACCUGGAUGACAGAGGAAUUGCAGAAUCUGUAUAUGAUACUGUUAUGGACAUCAAUCCAAGCCGUGAAAUUAUGCCUAAGGCAGAGGAGACCAAAUCUUGCACUGAAAAAGUUCAGAAGAUGAAUAAGCAGAUGCCUAGUUCUUUGUGUUCUUUGGUUACACUGAUUUAUGAUGUAUUUCAAUCCAUUAGCUGCUCAACAAUCACAAAAGGAGAGCUAGUGCAUAAGAUGGUUAUGAAUGAUCUUGAUAUAAUCGACAACAGAGAGGCUGAAGAAAAGCUGGAGGUUCUUGAGAAAUUGGCUCCGGAUUGGAUUUGCAGCAAAUCAGCCCCUAGUGGUGAUCUUUUAUACAGCAUCAAGAAAGUAUCUGAUCUGAGUGCAUUACAUGUAAGGCUCACUAGCAUGUGAUAAAACUUCCUGAGGUUAGAGAUUCAUUCUAUUGAUAAUGAAGAAAUGGAGAAAUAUGGUUUGGUUGGUCAAGUAAAGUACUUCAGGUUUCUGAAACUUUCUGGAGGGUGCUGCUUGUUGAACUGCGGGUGGGAAUCAUGUUUUACAAUUUUUUUUCUUUUUCUGCUUACUUGACUGGUGUUUGUAUAAUUACAAACUACAACUUACUCAGCAUUUCAUUUCACUUUUAAGGGGAAUUUCUUGGGUGUUUAUUUUUGGAAAAGUGAUUUUUCUCU